GGUGUAAACAGGAAGAAGCUGCGAAAACCAGGGAAAAUCUAGAAGACGACUAGAUAUUCAACGGAAAUAAUCAUAACGUUCAUUGAUUAAUCGUGAUUAUAUUAUUUUAGCGCACGAGUAUGUCAACAAAUACAAUAUUAUAUGAUAUUUAUUCUGAAUGAAGUAUUUUAGCACAGUGGUACACGACGAUAGUCAGCAUUGCCAGCAACGUUACGUUAGCUAGUCAAAUUUUUUUUGACAGAUUGGCAACUAACUGAAGCUAGUAGCUGUCGUUUCGUUUUACUAGAAAAUUGUUUGCAAGAACCUAAUUUGGACAGACAAGUCGAGCAAUAUUUUUGCACACUGCGGCCUGUGAACAACGCCGGGGAUUGUCAGUAAACUAACGUUACACGUUAGUAAACUACACGGUGUAUUUCCCCUCUCCUUUCAAGUCCUCGCGAUGGCCUGCUAACCUCCUAUUGUCGGAGUUUCAGGUCAGACUCCCCUCUUGUUCAAACAAGUUUUUUUUUUUUUACAACAGACAGUCUAUAGAAAUGGUUCAGAAAGGUAAGCCGGUGGUGGGGACGUCUCAAGUGGAGGUUGAGGCGAGCCCAAACUCGGGGCCGUCUGAGGCUGGUUCCGAAGCCCCUGGCUCAGUGGAAGAAACGAGAAGCAUCGGGGUGGAACUAUCGGGCCGCAGGAAAUUCAUCAGUGGAGUCGUGGAGGGCUUCUACGGCCGGCCAUGGACAAUGGAACAAAGGAAAGAGCUGUUCAGGAGACAGCAGAAAUGGGGCUUGAACACAUACCUCUACGCUCCUAAAGAUGACUACAAACACAGGAUGUUCUGGAGAGAGAUGUACUCAGUAGAAGAAGCAGAACAACUGAUGACCCUGAUCAGUGCUGCAAAGGAGUAUGGGACCGAGUUCAUCUAUGCCAUCUCCCCGGGCCUAGACAUCACCUUCUCUAACCAGAAAGAAGUGUCCACACUCAAGAGGAAACUGGACCAGGUGACUCACUUUGGCUGCAAGUCAUUUGCCUUACUGUUUGACGACAUCGACCACAACAUGUGCCCCGCCGACAAGGAAGUGUUCAGCUCCUUUGCCCAUGCCCAGGUGUCUAUCACCAACGAGAUCUUUCAGUACCUGGGAGAGCCUGAGACCUUCCUAUUCUGCCCCACAGAGUACUGUGGAACGUUCUGCUACCCCAAUGUGGCCCAGUCCCCCUACCUGCACACAGUGGGCGAGAAGCUGCUGCCUGGUAUUGAAGUGCUGUGGACGGGUCCUAAGGUGGUAUCCAAAGACAUCACAGUGGAGUCCAUAGAGGAGGUCUCUAAGAUCCUGAAGAGAGCUCCGGUAAUCUGGGACAACAUCCAUGCCAACGACUACGACCAGAAACGUCUGUUCCUGGGGCCGUACAAGGGGCGCUCCACGGAGCUCAUCCCCCGCCUCAAGGGGGUUCUCACCAACCCCAACUGUGAGUUUGAGUCCAACUUCGUGGCCAUCCACACCCUGGCCACCUGGUACAAGUCCAACAUGAAUGGAGUGCGCAAGGAUGUCGCCAUGACGGAUGGAGAGGACAGUACCGUGUCUAUCCAGAUCAAGCUGGAGAAUGAGGGCAGUGAUGAGGAGUUAGAGACAGACAUGUUGUACAGCCCUCAGCUGGCCCUGAAACUGGCCCUCACAGAGUGGCUGGGGGAGUUUCUAGUGCCUCACCAGUACAACAGUCGCCAGGUACCCCACAGCGGAGCUAAGUGUUCAGCUAUUGACGUGUUAUCACUAGGUGCCUCCUCCCUCUGCUCUGCUACUACAGUCACUACAGUGUUCCAACAGCCCAUCAUGGCCCCUACAGGCGCCCCCGACCCCAACAACCACCCCAUGGCCAAGAGACUGCAACAACAAGAGGUGGAGGAGGUGGAUGUUGAGAAGAAGGAGUCAGACGAAGAGCCCAUGGAGAUGGUUGUGGAGAAACCAGAGGAGACGGACCCAGAGUCAGACCCUCUAGCAGAGGCUGCAACUGAGACCAAGAGCAGCCUGGUCCUCAUAGACAAGAUGGCAGAGGAUCUGAAGCCCAUGGACACAGACAGGGAGGUCCUGGUUCCUGAGUCCAAGUCUCCAGAGGAGGACAUUGACAUGGCCCCCAUGCAGACAGACGAACAGCUCAAACAGGAUGUCUUUGUGCCUGGUCCCAAUGAGAAGGCAUUGUACACGGCAGAGCCUCUCUCUCUGGAGGACCUGACCCUACUGGCUGAGCUCUUCUACCUGCCCUAUGAAUACGGACCCAAGGCCCUGCACAUGCUCAAGGAGUUCAACUGGCUACGGGCCAAUAGCAGCACCGUCAGCGUCAACUGCGAGGGCAAGGAGCCAGAGAAGGUUGCGGAGUGGAAGUCCCGGGCGGAGAAGUUUGAGGAGAUGUGUUGCUCGGUCAUCCAGAUGUUCACCAGGCUGUCUAACUCAGCCAACCGCACCAUCCUCUACGAUCUCUACCCCUACAUCUGGGACAUCAAGAGCAUCACUUCCAUGGUCAAGUCCUUUGUCCAGUGGCUAGGGUGCCGUAGUCAGGCCACUGCACAGUUCCUUAGUGGAGACCAAGAGCCUUGGGCCUUUAGGGGCGGUCUAGCAGGAGAGUUCCAGAGAUUGUUGCCAAUCGACGGGGCAAACGAUCUUUUCUUCCAGCCUCCUCCCGCACUGCCAACAUCCAAAAUCUAUUCCAUCAGGCCCUACUAUGCUAAAGAUGAGCAUGCGGUUUAUAAGAUCUGCAGAGAGAUGUACUCUGAAGGAGUGGAGGAACUGCCCUUCUCUGGAGAGGAGCCAGACCUCAUAGGAGACAGGUUAGUAGGAGGGUUUCUGAACCUGAGUCCAGACUAUGGGUUUGUCCUGGAGGACGAGGAGGGGAUAUGUGGUUACGCUCUGGGCACUGUGGACGUCAAGCCCUUUGUCAAGAAGUGUAAGAUGAGCUGGAUACCCUCCAUGCAGGAGAAAUACAACAAGCCCGACUGCCAGAAGGACCUCUCUGAAGCCGAGAAGAUGAUGUUGAGUUUCCAUGAGGAGGAGGAGGGCCUCCCAGAGUCGUUCCUCUCCAACUUCCCGUCCCUCAUCAAAGUGGACAUCCAUGCCAAGGUCACCGACCCCAGCGUGGCCAAGAGCAUGAUGGGGUGCCUGCUCUCCUCCCUCAAGGCCAAUGGUUCCAUUGGUGCGUUCUGUGAGGUGCGUCAGGCAGACAAGAGGAUGAUAGACUUCUACAGUAAGCUUGGCUGCUUCGAGGUCGCCAAGAUGGAAGGCUUCCCCAAAGACAUCAUCAUCAUGGGCCGCAGCCUCUAAGAACAACUACGACAUCAUCAACACGGGACGCAUCUUCUGAGACAGUUAGCCUGGCUAACCAAGCAACCAUGGAGCUGUAUAGAGAGCUUAAGUCAGCCAGGCUAAGGAUCACUGUCUGACUGUCUGUUACCUUUACAAAACAACCAAUACUUGACGAUUUUAUACUUCAACCACCUGGACUAGACAAGGCUAGAGGCAGCCUGUUUUUAGACAGUGUUCAGAAACAUGGCAUCUUGUACAGAUUCACUGUGCUGCCCUUAGAGGCCCAGAGCUCUGCCGGAUUGAAACAGAAUCCGAAACUGUAAGAGCCACAGAGGUCAUCUGCAGCCCUGUAAAGCCCUGUGUGUGUUGAUUUGAGCCAAGAUGGCGGACGGUUUCCUUCUGUAUUUGGUCUCCAGAGUGGAGUCGGUGGUGACUGUUCCCCGUACGGCUGCAGGAAGUAGGAGCUGGUCAGGUGCCAUCCACUUCCAUUAGCCUUUCAGACCAUUCGACUUGACUGUCAGUAGCCCCGAGUGGGGGUCUGUCUGCGUCUCACACAGACACAGUCAGGGGGUGUAUUUAGAUAUUACUUCAUCUGAAAUGGCACCCUAUUCCCCAUGUAACACAUUACUUUUGUCUGAAAAAGGUAGUGCAGUGUAGAGAGAAUAGGGAGUGAUUUGAGACUUGGUAGUAGGUCCUGACACUGCACCCUAGUAUAGGCCUAGCUGACAGGGGUGCUGGUUGGGGAAAAGGGGCCUUUUAAAGUAUAUUACCGUUUUCUCGUGCACCACCUCUUCAAACAGGUGGUCCUCCUAGCUAACAGAGUGGAGAGUGGUUUAUGAUUCCACCUAUACUGUAGAGUUUUCCAGUGCAUCCAUUUCACUCUUGAGUUUGAAAAACCAAUUGUCUCAUUGUGGUGUGUUACAGAUUCCUCAAUAGUUUACCUAAACGGUGACAAACAUGCAGAGGAAAUCAUAUGUUUGAGUGUUCGAGGAAACUUCUGAAGACUAGUAGUAACAAGAGUUGUUUUCUGGAAACCCACCUGAGUAGGAAUGGAUAACCUUGAAGAGAGAGAAAGGAAUAUGUGGAAGUGGUCACUUCUGUUAUGGUUCUCAGUCUAUUCCCUUAACCCUUUGCUUUUGGCCAUGCUUUUUUACUAGGGAUGUAGCGAUUUACCGAUACGCAUUGGUCUCCAUUUAAAAUGUUUGAAGAUAUAAGUGCACCGGUCCGCGGACCCCAAACCGAUCCAAAUGUAGCAUACAUCGGUCAGAAAAUCAAUUUAAAUGUUACGAAUCGCCGGUUCACCAACAUCUUUUGCUCAUAUUACAUUAUUUCUACCUUCCAAAAAUACUUCUAAACUUUUGUGACAACUGAUGCGUCCUCUUUCCUUCCGUGUCGAACUGCAUGUAACUGUUGACAGUCAUUGAUCUACAAGUCAUUUUGCAUGCCGAACAACCCCAGGCAAUAUCAGUAGCCUAGUCAAACUGAUACACUUUACAGACAGACUUUACGGUAUGUUGCCUGUAAAAAAAAAAAAAAAAAAAUACAGGCAAUGUUUUUUAGAGCCCAAUUCAUACAGUCACAUUUUUACCACAUUCUUGCCAGGAUAAGCCUUUUUUUAAUAUCUCCCGUGCACAUGUCUGCAAGUGUAGGAGUGAGAGUAGACGUGGGCCAAUGUGGGUAAUAAAUCAAUUGAAUAUACACCAUCACAAAUAAAUCCAUUAUUAAUUAGUUUUAGGCACGAUCUAAGAAACAUAAGACUCAUUUUGUCCCCCAAAAUAAUAGAAUGCCAUAUUUUGAGAUCAAUUAUGUUACUGGUCUCUGCAGCCUAUAUGGCUGCGGCAUCCACAUGAAAUACAUUUUUAUUUUGUUAAUUAAACAGACAGGACAUACUUAGGCUACCCGGAUCAGUCGACACACAUUUUAUAGUAGGCUAAGAAUAUAAUUAAAUAUAACAGAAUAAAAUACAACAAAUAUAUUUCCCACACAACUUGCGUCACGGCAAUGUGUGGAACCGAUGUCAUAUAAAAAAGUGAUAUUUUGAAACAGCCCAGGGCAAGCCCAUGUUUUUUUGAUCCACGUUUCAUCUCUUUCCUACCCUCACUCUGCUUUGUUAGGGAGCAGGCAUAGGGUCUUACAUUGAGAGUAUCUUCAUCAUGAUACCGAUAGAAAAUAAUAGGAAUCUAUAUUAUUUUCUAUAGGAAUCGAAACGGUGCUGAAAUAGUUGACCACACGCAGGUAGGCUAUUGCGUCAAUCAAAUGUAUUAUAACAAUUGGAUGACUUUGGGAGUUUCAGUAAGCAACAAUUUGAUGCCUUCAAUUGGAUUAGCCUACUUUAUUCCAAUAUUUGUGUCAUUCAGUGAUAUUUACUCCCACGGUAAUUCUUUUUGGAUCCAUCCAGUAGUAGUUAAGAAAACAGUGCAUGUGGUGGGCUAUUCGAAGAUGGGUGAAGUGACAUGUCUCGCAAAGUUUAGAACUGCCAGGAUGAGAGUAGUAACGGGCGCUGCCUAGCAACCAUCAAUAACUUAAGAGCGUGCCAAUGCCGCCUCAGCAUUACGGCUACAUUUCAUACUAAGCUGUAGGCAGAACUUUACCACAAUCAAGUCUCCGGGAAUACCUUUCAUAUAUAAAGAGAAGUCUGCAAAAAGUUGGCGGGAUGCUAAAGUUAGCUGAAAAAACGUAUUGGUUUGAAAGGUGUAUGAGAAGGGUGCAAUUGCGGCCCGCAAUUCGAGGCGUUCCUGCAUGUGGGCAUUCCUGCAUCUGCAUAUUCAGGAAAGGAAUGCCCACAUUCAGGAAAGCCCGGAAUUGCGGGCCGCAUUCACACACUGCGCACAGUGUCCAGCUUCGCGCGCUGACCAACACAAGGUAGGCGGCCUGUUCCUGCACUUGCAUAUCUGUGCGGCACCUUCAGCAUUUAAAUGCUAAAAUGGCUUGCUUGAUAUUAGGCUUUAUUAGUUGAGUGACAACCUAUGUAAUUUGCUAGGUUAUUGUUAUCUAUGUGCUGUUGAAAAUUGUGUUUUACUGGAGGAGACAACUCUCUUCUGCCUAUACCUGCAGAACAGGGUUUACAAUAUGUUUUGAUUGUUCAGGUUCACCAUCAGCAAUAGUUUGGUAGUUUUACUUUAAGCAAUCAGUGUAUAUGGUCAUUUUUAGAUAUACAGGGUAAAGUUGAUCAUUUCAUAACGAGGACACCAAUCACCUUUGGGAGGCGCACUGCAUGGUCGAAGCGAGAGGAUAACAUCACUCCAUAACUUCCGAACAGUAAAAACUAUUCAAUUUUGAAAAAGGUUGUGCUAUAUAUUCAUUGCCUAUGUCAUAGCUAAUUUGUAAACAAUUAGCUAUGACUAAUUUUGUAAACAAUAAAUAUUGAUACAUUACUAGCACUAACACUUAAUCUGCAUUAGUGGGUGUUGGUGAUUUCAGAAUCAAAGUGGGGGGACAAAAAACAUAUGCUACAUUGCCCCCCCAAUCUGAUAGUUGUAGUAGGGUGGUAGAUGCCUAGUCUCCCUUAUGGCUCAGCUCAGGUGCCUGCAUAGUACAUACACCGCAUAGAAAUACAUCAUUUACACGAACACACACACACGGAGAAGUCAGCUCGGACAGUUCCAGCUCAGAGAGGCCCAGCUCAUGAGCUCCAUCAGCAGCAGAUUUUAAUUCAGAAUGGAAAAUGAAUGUGUUUAUGCAACAAAUGUUAGUGCAUCGCAUCGAACCGAAUCGCAUCGAUUCGUUCUCUAAUCAAACCGAAUCGCACCGAAUCGUUUCAAACUAAAACGUAUCGUUCCUGUAUCGUAUCUAGAUACGUAUAGAAUCGUUUUGGAAAGGAAAGAUGUACGUCCCUAUUCUUUACAGUAUGUUUAUAUAUUGCUUUUAUAUUGCGUUUUGGUUCAUUGCCUUUCUAUAUGAUUUUUCUACCUGUGGAUAUCUCCAAGGGGCCUAUUGCCCUGUACUGUAGAUCACAGGUGAUUCUCAUGCACUCUUGUCUACUGUCAAUCCACCUUCCACCUGACAAAUACACAAGGGGACUUGAGAAUGGGUGGGUUCAUUUUAGCUUGCUUGGUGCCCAGGGUGGGCUGUUUUGACAUUUUAUUUAGCAUGGAAUAGUCUAAAAAGGCAAACUCCGACCUCCCAGUACCCCAGGAGAGCUAAAAACGAACGCACCUUAACUCAAGGGUGGGCCAUCUGCUCUGAAAUGUCUCUAGAUUCAGUCAAAAAUCCAGUGCUCUGGCUAUUAAACCAAGAGAGAUUAACCUUAUCUUAAUGUUAGAAAACGUGAAAAUACGACAAAAUAGUUUGCAGAUGCUUCAGCACUCCCGCUAUAAUACAGCUGCUCUAUUUCUCAACUUCCCGCAAUGUGCUGAGGAAUGCUAACCACUAACCUGAAUCUUAUCCAGGACAGAACGUUCAGUUAGAAAUAUACUGUGUAGGACAGACGCAAUUACCUGCCAAGCAGAAUGAGGAACCAUGUCGGCUCUGUACCCCACAUUUCUAUCUGCAACGUCCUACAACAUUGCACCCACUUGAAUACCAUUGCUGCCCUUCUCCCGGUUAGGGUUGUUAAGCUAGAGUGGCACUAACUGACUACCUUCACUGGCCCUGGCCGUGCCAAGAGAGAAAUGGAGGGGGCGAUAUACUAUACCUAGGCCUUUUGUAUCUACGUAUGUGUUAAAUGUUUUAUACUCCAAACGUGUUUCUCAUUUUGCUGUUUUUGUUAAUGUAAAGCGAGUAAAAAAAAUCACUUUGAUCCUAACAUGAAGCCUUCUCUUUGUAACAUGAGGAGCAGCCGUAGCUCAUGUUGUUGCUUUGUCCUAGCUGCCUGCCAAUGUGAUGGUUUGAUACAUACAGUACAUCUGUGCUGUGCAUGAUGCUUAUUAGAUUUGUUUGGUUUAGCAAACAUAAAAUUAAAAAAGAUACAUCCAUAUUACAGUCUAGUUCAUCGGGGGAGUUGAUAGCUUGAUUCCCGUCCUCAACCUAUGACGUCGCCGCAGACACGACCUACAUAGACAAGUCAAUUAAAACAUGUAAAGGAGUAGGGAAAAAAGAAGACAAGUAUUUGGUUUGCUAAUUUUUGUUUUCUGACUUUUGUCAUUUCUCAAUGAGCACAAGCCUGAAUCAGUUUAAAUAUUUUAAACACUAGUUAGAUUGCAGUCAUUUUAGUCUGCUCUAUUCAACACGUCACCCUCCGGACUAUAUUAUUCUGUGAUGGUCAAGUCAAUUUCCCAGAGAGAAUAGCAACAUGUAUCCUCCCAGUUCUCCACUGGUAUUGAAGGAUUCACUUUUCCAUAACGUCAGACAUUUUGUCAUUGCUUGUGCUAUUGUGACGAUUGCUUUUCUUCUGCCUCCUGAUUUUGAAAGUAUAGCUGCAGUUGAAAGAGAUUAUUGUAGGCCUGCAUUUGGUGAUACAUACAUGGGGAAAAAUUUUGUGUUUGUUGCGGGGGACGUUUAUUGAUAAUGUAACUAUAAUUUCUGUAAAAUUUGUAUGUAAAAGGAAAAUUAUGGUUCAUAAUAUUAAUAAACAAUGUAAAACGUG